CGGAGGCUGCAGCGGCGCAUCCCGGGCGCGGCGCCCUGGGCUCGGAUGGCGCGGCGCGCACGCUGAGGGCUAGACUCCAGGGGUCCGGAGCCCCGGAGCCCCGCAGAGACGCUGAGAGAGGACGCCCGGGAGGACGGAGCGGAUCGUUCGAAGAUGGUUUGGCUGCCUUGGAGAUCUGGAGAUCUGGCACCACGAUGAGGGCUCACACACGGGGGGCUCCCAGUGUGUUUUUCAUAUAUUUGCUCUGCUUCGUGUCAGCCUACGCCACUGACGAGAACCCAGAAGUCAUGAUUCCCUUCACUAAUGCCAACUAUGACAGCCACCCCAUGUUGUACUUCUCCGGAACAGAGGUGGCAGAACUCCAGCUAAGGGCCGCCAGCUCCCACGAGCAUAUCGCUGCUCGGCUCACGGAGGCCGUGCACAUCAUGCUGUCUAACCCCUUGGAGUACCUCCCUCCCUGGGAUCACAAGGAGUACAGUGCCCGCUGGAAUGAGAUCUACGGAAACAACCUGGGUGCCUUGGCCAUGUUCUGUGUGCUGUACCCUGAGAACAUUGAAGCGCGAGAGAUGGCCAGAGACUACAUGGAAAGGAUGGCCGCGCAGCCUAGUUGGUUGGUGAAAGAUGCCCCUUGGGAUGAGGUCCCGCUUGCCCACUCCCUGGUGGGUUUCGCCACUGCCUAUGACUUCCUCUACAACUACCUGAGCAAGACCCAGCAGGAGACGUUCCUGGAAGUGAUCGCCAAUGCCUCGGGCUAUAUGUAUGAGACUUCGUACAGGAGAGGCUGGGGCUUCCAGUAUUUGCAUAACCACCAGCCCACCAACUGCAUGGCCUUACUGACUGGAAGCCUCGUCCUGAUGAGCCAAGGGUACCUUCAAGAGGCCUACUUGUGGACCAAGCAAGUUCUGACCAUCAUGGAGAAGUCUCUGGUCUUGCUGCGAGAGGUAACAGAUGGCUCCCUCUAUGAAGGAGUUGCGUACGGCAGCUACACCACUAGAUCCCUGUUCCAGUACAUGUUUCUCGUUCAGAGGCACUUUGACAUCAACCACUUUGGCCACCCAUGGCUUAAGCAACACUUUGCCUUUAUGUAUAGGACCAUCUUGCCAGGGUUUCAAAGAACCGUGGCCAUUGCAGAUUCAAAUUACAACUGGUUCUAUGGUCCAGAAAGCCAAUUAGUGUUCCUGGAUAAAUUUGUCAUGCGUAAUGGCAGUGGAAACUGGCUGGCUGACCAAAUCAGAAAGAACCGUGUGGUGGAAGGUCCAGGAACACCAUCCAAAGGACAGCGCUGGUGCACUCUGCACACAGAGUUUCUCUGGUAUGAUGCCAGCUUGAAGUCGGUCCCACCUCCGGAUUUUGGCACCCCAACGUUGCAUUAUUUUGAAGACUGGGGUGUCGUGACUUAUGGAAGUGCGCUACCAGCAGAAAUUAACAGAUCUUUCCUUUCCUUCAAGUCAGGAAAACUCGGGGGGCGUGCAAUAUAUGACAUUGUCCACAGAAACAAAUAUAAAGACUGGAUCAAAGGCUGGAGAAACUUCAAUGCAGGCCACGAGCAUCCAGACCAGAACUCUUUCACUUUUGCCCCCAAUGGCGUGCCAUUCAUCACUGAGGCCCUCUAUGGGCCCAAGUUUACCUUCUUGAACAACGUCCUCAUGUUUUCUCCAGCUGUGUCUAAGAGCUGCUUUUCUCCCUGGGAGGGUCAGGUCACAGAAGACUGUUCAUCGAAAUGGUCGAAAUACAAGCACGACCUGGCAGCCAGCUGUCAGGGGAGAGUUGUUGCAGCGGAGGAGAAAGACGGGGUUGUUUUUAUCCGGGGAGAAGGCGUAGGAGCAUAUAACCCCUUGCUCAACCUGAAGAACAUUCAACGGAAUCUCAUCCUUCUACACCCACAGCUUCUCCUCCUUGUAGACCAGAUACACUUGGGAGAGGAGAGCCCGCUGGAGACAGCAGCUAGUUUCUUCCACAAUGUGGAUGUCCCUUUUGAGGAGACAGUAGUAGAUGGCGUCCACGGAGCUUUCAUCCGGCAGCGGGAUGGUCUCUAUAAAAUGUACUGGAUGGAUGAUACUGGUUAUAGUGAAAAGGCAACCUUUGCCUCAGUGACAUAUCCUCGGGGCUAUCCCUACAAUGGGACGAAUUAUGUGAAUGUCACCAUGCAUCUGCGAAGUCCCGUCACCAGGGCAGCUUACCUCUUCAUAGGCCCAUCUGUGGACGUUCAAAGCUUCAGCGUCCACGGAGACCCUCAGCGCCUGGAUGUUUUCGUAGCUACCAGCGAACACGCCUACGCAACUUACCUGUGGACAGGUGAGAACGCCGGGCAGUCUGCCUUUGCGCAGGUCAUUGCAGAUCGUCGGAAAAUUCUAUUCGACCAGAGUUCGGCCAUCAAGAGCACAGCUGUCCCUGAAGUGAAAGAUUAUGCUGCUAUUGUGGAAAAGAAUCUCCAGCGUUUCAAGCCCGUGUUCCAGCUGCUCGAGAAGCAGAUCCUGUCCCGAGUCCAGAACACAGCUAGCUUUAGGAAGACUGCUGAGCGCCUGCUGAGGUUUUCGGAUAAGAGGCAGACGGAGGAAGCAAUUGACAGGAUUUUUGCCAUAUCCCAGCAACAGCGGCAGCAGCGAGGCAAGUCGAAGAAAAGUCGAAGGGCGGGCAAGCAUUAUAAAUUUGUGGAUGCCGUCCCCGAUAUUUUUGCACAGAUCGAAGUCAAUGAGAAGAAGAUUCGACAGAAAGCUCAGAUUUUGGCGCAAAGAGAACUGCCCAUAGAUGAAGAUGAAGAAAUGAAAGACCUUUUGGAUUUUGCCGAUGUCACGUACGAGAAACAUAAAAACGAGGAUUCUGUGAAGGGUGGUUUUGGACAGGGCCGGAUGGUGACAACAAGUCGCAACAGAGCCCCCUCACUGUCGGCCUCGUACACCAGACUCUUCUUGAUUCUGAACAUCGCCAUCUUCUUUGCCAUGUUGGCAAUGCAACUGACUUAUUUCCAGAGGGCUCAGAGCCUCCAUGGCCAAAGGUGUCUCUAUGCGGUCCUCCUGAUAGAUAGCUGUGUCUUGCUGUGGCUGUAUUCCUCCUGUUCCCAGUCCCAGUGCUGACACCAAAGUCAUGAGCAUCUUAUGGUCAUGAGAGUUCAUGCGAAAAUAUAUCGACACCCCCCCCCCAUUUGUUAUAAUUCCUCCCCCAGAUUUAUUGGACAAAUUUAAGGGAAGACAUUUUCACUCACACACACACACACACACACACACACACACACACACACACGGAUGUAGAGAACUCAAUUGGACUCACAAAGGAUGUAUCUAAGGUGUGAAAAUAGACUUGGCUGUCCCCUAGUGUUUCUGGGAGUGUUUGGCUUUGCUGGCUGACCAGUUCCAGUUAGACAAAAUACCUAUUCC